AUGAAAUUGGAGCUCGAUCUCACGAUCGCCCAAUUAAUGAACAUUGCCAACACUUCUACCAGUGUUCUCAGCCUAGCAUUUGAUAUUCAAGUUGGAACUAGGACCUCUGCAGCUAGAAUGAAGCUCCACAAUAUUACUGUUUUAUCUACUACCAUGAACCUUGGUGCUACAGACAGUAAGGUGACUGCAUUGUGGGGACUUGUCCCACUGCACGUCCCAUUGCAGCAGCAUCUUCCUGUCUUUGAUGGGUUUGUUGAUCUUGUCCGAUGUGGCCAUGCUGUUAAACGUUGCAUCCCUAUUACAACAAUGGAAUUCUUGUUCUAUGAUGUUGAUAGGGUGUUAAGGCCUGGAGGGUACUUCUGGUUGAAUCAUUUCUUCAUUAAAGAAGUUGAUCUUGAAAGGCUUUAUUUGCCAUUGAUCUUGAAAGGGUUUAUUUGCCAUUGA